AUGGCUUCGCUCUACGCUCAGGUGGCUCGGUCGCUUGUCCUUUCGCUCUACUCGCCCGAGCCGCGAGUCUAUAACCUCCGACUCCUCCUUUUCUCUAAUGCGGUCGCCUUGGGGCUCGCAAUUUAUUUCAUGACGGCGGUCUAUGACAGCAACUACUUAGCGGGCAGCUUCACCUUUGACUGGAACAAGCUAUGGUGGACACAGCUUCCUCGGGCUUUUGCGGCACACAUUGUGGUCUUCAUUCACCAUUCUACUGUUGUUGUCCUUGCCUUCAAGGUCGCCCAUCUUAAAGACAUAUACACGCUGCUUGUCGUGGUUACCGACUUAAUCCUCAUCGUUCUGGAGCUCUAUUUGUUGGCGACUUUCCAGGACUUAAUAUUUCUGCUCGUCUCUGAUCCAGUGGGCAAUGUCCAGCUGCACUAUCUGCUGGGCUAUAUUCCCCUCAUUUACUCCGGCUUCAACAUCAUCGUCAUGGCCUGCCUUGGGAUCUUCCUCAUAUUCCGCGCGGCGAGUGGCGUCAAGUCCAGUUGGAGGUUUCUAGGAGGAUGUACCAUCGCCAGUCCACCAUAUAGCCUCCGCAGUGUUUUCAUGAACCGCUCUGUGAUGCGGCCGUUAAUCAGAGGAGAAUCAUCCAUGAUCAUUGCGCCGCGGGCCAUCCUGAUCAACAUAGUAACAAUUGGCGUUAUCGGGUUCGCGGUCUACUCCAUCGUGCUGCGGCCGCUUGACUCCCAAGUGUAUGUGCGCACUUUGUCUGGGACGCAACUCGAUAAGCAUUGGAGCGUUCCCGACCCCAAUGUCUUGUCCGGAAGGCUUAACUUCAUGCUGGAAAACGUAUUAUUAAACCAGCCCUUGCCGCCGAAUGAAACCAACUAUAGCAGUAGCGCAUUCAAGGUAGUCUAUACCGCCACCACUCUCGACGGAUACCGCACACGAACAUGCGGUUCAUUAGACCUUUCAGAAUCGGGAGGAUUCGAAACCAGUUGCUCCUUCGGCUGGAACGAGAUCGCAAGCAUGGAAUUCCGGGCAGCUAUUCCUGACACCGGCGUUCCCGCGACCAUGGCUGCCCUCGAUGUCGCGCUGAUGCCCUGGUCGACGCGGAGAUCAUACCUCACAAUUUCGCAGAUUCUGGAUCCUCAGGUUAGAGCGGCGCGGAACAGCGGCCAGUCGCUGUUCCUCGGGAUCAACACGACCAUGCGUGCCUCACUCGGAUGGGUCAAACGGGAGCUGAAGACAAAACAUCCGGAAGUAGUAUACGUCCCGCACUUCAUGACGCUUUCGUCGGAGCCGACGCAAGGAGAGUCGAGUCUGGUCAUCAUCAACAUCCAGCCACCGCGAAUCAUCAGAACCGAUGUGGAAUACACAGAUGCGUCGGUUUUAGACGGGAUCACGUCCGUUGGUGGCUUCUGGACGUUCGUGGACGGCAUAUUUUCCUUCCUGUUUGGCGCGAGUGUGCUCUACUUUGGUUUAGGGCGGCGCCCCCUCAGUGCGCUCGGUUUCGUGCACGUGUUCCAACGGAAUCAGCUCGUGCGCAACUGGAACGAUGAUUUCCCGGCGCUGCGCACGGAGGGCGGGGCGCCAGGAUCCACGUCUGCUGGAGUUGUCGCGUUUUUACGGGAGCGACUUGUCGACAUUGAUGUUGUGACCGGCGCUCAGUCCGACGCGGCUACUGCUGCCCAUGGAGAUUCUGCGAAGGAAAUACUGGUGCCAGCAACCAGCGGCGACCUUGAAGCCGGCGCUAGCCCGCUCCGAGGCACGGCCCUGACGACGGACGAUACCGUGUCUGUGCCUUUGUUACACGCCCAUGAUACAGUCGCGAUGACGACACUGAACCACUCUUCAAGUUGA